GUACGUCAGCAAUGAGCUGCUACCACCUCGUGAUAAUCCUUGCCACCGUCCUCUGCGCUGAGGUCCUCGCGAUUUCCCACGAGGUGCGUCCGGAACGGUUCGAGCAAAUGCUAGGCUUCGAGUACGUCAACACGACCGGAAUCCGGGUGAGGAAGUUCAACCGCACCACGUGGAUCUUUGACGGGCAAGGCGAGGCGUUCCAGGACUUUAACGAUGACUACAUGUUCACGAUCACGAUGGCGCACAGUCGGCUGGGGAACAACCAGUGGAACGAGUACCCGAUGAAGAUCGCCCGAUCGGGGGCUUGCGAGAUCCUGAACGGACCGUACAAGGAGUACCAGCAUCACUUUGUCGAGUACACGAAUCUGCCGCGGGUCGGAGAAGAGCGCGUAUGUCCGUUCAAGAAGGGUCUGUACUGGGUGAAGGAGUUUGCGCCCGGUACGGACUGGGUACUGCCGGUCGUUCCGGAGGGCUAUUGGCGGUUCACUGGGGAUGUGUACGACAAGGAGGGGCAGCUGAUCAUUCGGUUGGCCGGGUAUUUCCAUCUUUCGCGGAACAUGUUUGAAUAAAUAAAUUAGAAUUGGUGAAAGCUCAAUCUUAAGGUGAAACUUUCAGCCAUGUAUUCAGUUCAAUUUUACGAAUUUCUGCACC